GCCCCGCAACGCGGCUGCAGUUUUCAAACCUCAACUGUAAUCUCCAGUCACGGUCUCCGCUGCAGUCGCCGGGAACCACCUCACAAGAGGCUAGGUCACCACUGUUGGCCGUUGUCCGGAAGAGUAAAAGUGGGUCCUGCUACGCGUGGAGCCACCCGGCGCCUCACCCGGCUAGAGCUGGAGAACGCGUCCUGUCGUGGCCACCGGCGUGGGGCGGGUCGGGAGCCCCCUUGGAGGGGCCAACCCCAAGAGAACCUGCUGCGACCCGAGCGGUACAAAUAAGUGACUACAGAAGCAUAUCUGGAAGUCAUCUACCAUGUCGAGGAGAAGAUUUGAUUGCCGAAGUAUUUCAGGCUUGCUAACUACAACUCCUCAAACUCCAAUAAAAAUGGAAAACUUUAAUAAUUUUUAUACACUUACAUCGAAAGAACUAGGAAGAGGAAAAUUUGCUGUGGUUAGACAGUGUAUAUCAAAAUCUACUGGUCAAGAAUAUGCUGCAAAAUUUCUAAAAAAGAGAAGAAGAGGACAAGAUUGUCGAGCAGAGAUUCUACAUGAGAUUGCUGUACUUGAAUUGGCAAAAUCCUGUCCCCAUGUGAUUAAUCUUCAUGAAGUCUAUGAAAACACAAGUGAAAUCAUUUUGGUGUUAGAAUAUGCCGCAGGUGGAGAAAUUUUCAACUUGUGUUUACCUGAGCUGGCUGAAAUGGUCUCUGAAAAUGACAUUAUCAGACUCAUUAAACAAAUACUUGAAGGAGUUUAUUAUCUACAUCAGAAUAACAUUGUACACCUUGAUUUAAAGCCACAGAAUAUAUUAUUGAGCAGCAUAUACCCUCUUGGGGACAUAAAAAUUGUGGAUUUUGGAAUGUCUCGAAAAAUAGGAAAUGCAUGUGAACUUCGGGAAAUCAUGGGAACACCAGAAUACUUAGCUCCAGAAAUCCUGAACUAUGAUCCUAUUACCACAGCAACAGAUAUGUGGAAUAUUGGCAUAAUAGCUUAUAUGCUGGUAACUCAUACAUCCCCAUUUGUGGGAGAAGAUAAUCAAGAAACAUACCUCAAUAUUUCUCAAGUUAAUGUAGAUUAUUCAGAAGAAACUUUCUCAUCAGUUUCCCAGCUGGCCACAGACUUUAUCCAGAGCCUUUUAGUAAAAAAUCCAGAGAAAAGACCAACAGCAGAAAUCUGCCUUUCUCAUUCUUGGCUACAGCAAUGGGACUUUGCAAACUUGUUUCACCCUGAAGAAACUUCCAGUUUCUCUCAAAGUCAGGAUCAUACAAUAAGGUCCUCUGAAGACAAGACUCCUAAAUCCUCUUGUAAUGGAACCUGUAGUGAUCGAGAAGACAAAGAGAAUAUCCCAGAGGAUAGCAGCACGGUUUCCAAAAGAUUUCGCUUUGAUGACUCAUUGCCCAAUCCUCAUGAACUUGUUUCAGAUUUGCUCUGUUAGCAUUUUCUCUUUGACUCCUUUGGACUGAAUUUGGAAUUUGAAAUCCACUCCAGUGUGAAAUUGUGGUUUGUAGCUUUAUAUGUGGCAUGUUUAUGUUGUAAAUGCACUUUCGCAUAGAAGAAUUUAGGGGAUUGUUAAAUUACUAGUUACUAGCAUAAUUUCAUUUCCCAUUCUGAGAUAUCAACUAUGCAGAGAAGAAAAUAUUUAAAAUAUAUGACCAAAAAUUGAAGUGUGCAUGUGAGUUUACUUGUUAUUGGAAGAAAUGAAGUUCAGAUGGGUUUAUCAAAGUGUUUUAUAUAUCAGGAAAAAGAGUGACCUGAGUUAUGUUUGAUAUAAACUGAACAAAAUGAAGACAUUUGAAUUUCAUAGAUUCUCUAAGGUAAGUUCUAUACCAUGCCUCUAUUGAGACAAAAUUUUGUUUCGGAUAACACUGUCACAUUUAAGGAAGAUUAUGUACUGUUUUAUAGAUGCUCAAGAGAGUUUACAUUUGAAAAUGUCUUUUAUUCACAAAUAUUUUGAGACUACAUAAGAUUUCCAUUAUAUGUGGUCUAUAUGAGAUAGGUCCUUUAACCAGAGGGAAGAGAGAGUUGGAAACCUGAUUAGGGAUAUCUUAUACAAGUUACAGCAGAGAAGAGAGUAGCAUGACAUUUUUUAAUUCAGAUGUUUUUUGCCCAUUCUCAACACCCUUCAGAUUUAAUGAAGUCAGACAGAUGGAGAAUAUAUGGUAUACAAGUGUAGAGGGUUAUCAUCCUCCAGAAUUUCUAGAGUAGAAGAUACUUAGGUAAAACCAAAUGUGCUCCCUUUUUUGUUAGCCAAACAUAUUUAUUAAUUGAGCAUAGAAAAAAAUGCUGACAGACUUAGGCAAUUUCAAAUGUCUUCUAAGUCUUGGAAUACCAGCUAGUCAUUCAGAGUUUUAAAAGUAUGAAUAAAAAAAAUUACAGAACCAGUAGAACUAUUAACACAAUGCCAAAGUCAACUGUAGUAAGGUGGAUGUGAUCAUAAAACUAUAUGACAUCAAACUCUUCUAAAGUUCUUGUGUAAAAUUCCUAGUGAGUAAUGAGGCUCAGCAGAAGGCGAUCUGCAGGAGUGGCCUUCAGUGGUCUUUUGCUGGGACCAAUAAAAGUAUGAGUUUAGGGACAGCAGAAUGUUUAAUCAGUGGCCGAUGACUAUGUUCAGUCCUAAUAUGGGGAAAUUUACUCCUUUUGGGGUAAUCUUUACUGACUUUCCACCUGGUGACUAUUAAAAAGUCUUUUAUGUUUUCUUGUUAGUAUCAAAAGAAAUUCUGUUUUGACAAAAAAAUCUUGAGUUUUCUCCAUUUGAAUUAUAUAUUACUCUAAAACCUUUAACUUGUUGAAAUUAGGUAAGACUCCAAAUAACAUAACUUUUUAAUAACUGUCGGUUCACUUUAUUUUGUUAAACGGUCAGUUUCUUUUACAGCUCCAGCAUUUCUUAAAGGAAAGCUAUUUCUACUUAUGUGUCUGUGUAUGCAUAUGUGUAUGUGUAUAUGUAUAGGUCCAUGUAUAUAUGUACAGAUAGAUAAAAUAUAGCCUUUAAACAACUUUUUCUUGGAGAUUUUUGGCUCUACUAUAUUGUGUUCAACUCAGGUGCCAAAGGAGAUCUUGUCUUAUGACAUGUAAAUAUACAUUUAAAUUCUUUAAGAAGUAGUUUGUUGGGUCAAUAAACUAGCCAUUAUAGAAGCUAAUCUGGGCUCUUGCAUAUGUAAAACGGAUGAGUUUUUCUUAAUUGUUGGUUCAUUUAUUUGCCUUCAGUAUUAAGCUAAUGUAGGUAAGCUUAAUAAGUCAUUGGAGAAAGAAGAAAUAACUUUUACAAAAGAUCAUACUAUAUUUUUAAAUUUCUAGAGGAAUUGUGCCAUACUGAAAAAUAAAAAUUAAGACAUGUUGGAAUUUUGAAUUAUAAGCUAGUUCUUAAAAAAAUAUUUUAUACCAACUUUCUUUUAGGAAUUUUAAAAUAUUUUAUAUACUUCCCCUUAGUUAAUAGAAUACACAGUUAUAAAUUUCCAAACCCUUUUUCCUAACAAUUUUUAUUGUAAAAAAGCAACUAGUGGUUGCACAGUUUAAAAAUACAAUUUUUUUAUAAGGAUAAAGUUAAAUAUUUUCACUGAUUGAAAUGUGAAAAUAAACCAAUCUUUAGAGAGAAAUGACUCAACUCUUAUUCUUUUUCUCUCAAGAUUGAAAACAAAUGUCUAUCAAUAACAUGAUAUAGCUCACUAACGUAGGAACCUAGAAAGCCCCUCUGAAGUGAAUAGAUGUUGGUAACAUCUAAACACAUCUUAAGAUGAAUGUUAAAUUUUAAUGAAUUUAUAAAGUUUAAUUUUUUUUUUGGAUAGGAUAGGAUCACUAGAUAUAUGGGUUAAAAAAUAAAAGAAAUAUAGCUGACAGUUAUGAUUGUCAUUAAAAAAUUUUUUUCUCACAGUAAAGUUAACCUAACUCUGAGUAGUAAACUUAUAAUGGCACUUUAAAGAGAUACACAAUACCUGUUCUUCAGUUGUAAUGAGAUAAGGUACCUGUGCCGAAAUAUAAAUCAACACAUUGCUUCCUUUAUCAAGAAAGUCAUGUUAUAAAAUAAGUCAUCUGAUUAGUGACAUAAUUGAUUUUCAUCUGGCACAAGCUUGCUUUUUCAUUUUGAGUGGAUCGCAAAUAGUGCAUUGGCCAUACUUUGAGUUGCCUUGCUCUAAGCAACAUUUAUAAAUGUUAUUUUAUAACUGUUUCCUCAUCUAUUUAUUUUUGAAUUUUCAAUUUGAUAUCUGACUUGGAAACUUAUCCUUAAUUAUUGUUGUACAAACAAUUGUACUUUCAUUUCAAAUUAUUAAAAUUAACUUCCAAUUUGGGGAAUUAUCAUCUUAUAAUUUUAUAAAAGUUUAAACUUUAAACUCUAGUUAUAAAUUUUACACAAAUUAUAACUGCCCUCUGUCUCAGCUUUCAUUAAAUAAACAUGUUGCUUAAGGCAUGUUAAAUGACAUUAUGAAUACUUAAGUAAAAAAAAAAAACGUGUUACAUCAGCUUAAUGAUCCUUUUGGUUAAAAAUUAAAAAGUACUUUUUUACAUUUGCAGUUGUCUUUUGUUUUAAAGUAUUUCUCAGUGUGUUAGUCUUAAAAGCAAACCUUGCCUAGAGGUUCUAGCCUUUGACCUACAUCAUCUUUGAACUUGCUUUCCAGUACAGAUAUGUUUAUUAGACACUGUCUGUUGGAAAAGUCAUAUUAACUUGAAAAUGGUCUGUUCUCUGGUAAUAAUAAAUAACUUUUAGAAAAUGUCGAUGAAUAGCACUGUACUACAUGUUGCAUAAAGAUAAAGAAUUCUUAUUCACUAGAAAUGAGUGAACUGUUUUUUUAAAUAAAUUGAAUUUUUUAAAAAAGA